CAGUAAGCUUAGUACAGUUCCAAUAACAACAUGGAUGAAGCUGCAAUGGAUGAACUACAGAAGCUUGAAUAUCUAUCCCUGGUCUCUAAAGUCUGCACAGAGCUGGAUAAUCAUUUGGGUAUCAAUGACAAAGAUCUAGGAUUCCCUUAUAAGCAAUUUGCUGCGUCUGAUUCAGACAAUGAGACCUCCAGCAAAACCUUCUACAAGCAAAGAAACUCUGAUCAAGCCAAAUGGUGAAAAAGAAAGCUGAAAGAAUUAUUUCCAGCACUUUGCAGAGCAGAUAAUCCAACUGUCCGGACCAUGCUAGAUCCUGAGGAUGUGAAAGUGGCUGCAGAUGCACUGCAAGAACUUGAAGCACUAAUGCCGAAGGAGGAGAAAAGUAGCAAGCACAAAGAUAAAAAAAGGAGGAGCCGCAGUCGAAGCCGGGAGAGAGGUAGUAAACAUAGACGUAGAUCUCGCUCUAGAUCCCGAAGCCGCAAAAAAGCAAAAGACCGAUAUAGAUCACGAAGCCGAAGCCCCGUUAAGGAGCACCGUUACAGUGAACAUCAUUCUGAUAAAAAUACCACGGGUUGGAAAGAGAAGCAUGUUGAUAGACCACCACCCGAAGAGCCAGCAAUUGGGGACAUAUACAAUGGCAAAGUGACAAGCAUCAUGCAGUUUGGGUGCUUUGUUCAGCUGGAAGGCUUAAGGAAACGUUGGGAAGGAUUGGUUCACAUAUCGGAACUGAGAAGGGAAGGACGUGUUGCAAAUGUAGCGGACGUAGUAAGCAAAGGACAAAGAGUAAAAAUUAAGGUGCUUUCCUUCACUGGAUGUAAAACCAGCCUCAGCAUGAAGGAUGUUAAUCAAGACACUGGUGAAGACCUGAAUCCCAACAGACGCAGAAAUCUCAUAGGUGACGGUAACGAAGAAGCGUCCAUGAGGAACCCAGACCGACCAACCCAUCUUUCUUUAGUAAAUGCGCCAGAAGUUGAAGAUGAUACCUUAGAAAGAAAACGCCUUACAAAAAUCUCAGAUCCUGAAAAGUGGGAGAUCAAACAGAUGAUUGCAGCUAAUGUUCUCUCAAAAGAAGAAUUCCCUGAUUUUGAUGAGGAGACUGGAAUUCUUCCUAAAGUGGAUGAUGAGGAAGAUGAGGACCUUGAGAUUGAGCUGGUUGAAGAAGAACCUCCGUUUCUUAGAGGACACACAAAACAGAGUAUGGACAUGAGUCCUAUAAAAAUAGUAAAGAAUCCAGAUGGCUCUCUUUCUCAAGCUGCUAUGAUGCAGAGUGCUUUAGCAAAGGAGAGACGAGAAGUGAAGCAAGCUCAGCGGGAAGCAGAGAUGGAUUCUAUACCUAUGGGAUUGAACAAACAUUGGGUGGAUCCUUUGCCUGACGUUGAUGGAAGACAAAUUGCUGCUAAUAUGAGGGGAAUUGGAAUGAUGCCAAAUGAUAUUCCGGAAUGGAAGAAGCAUGCUUUUGGUGGCAACAAAGCAUCCUAUGGAAAAAAGACCCAGAUGUCAAUUUUGGAACAGAGGGAAAGUCUCCCCAUUUACAAGCUGAAGGAGCAGCUUGUGCAGGCUGUGCAUGACAACCAGAUCCUCAUUGUUAUUGGGGAAACUGGCUCAGGAAAAACAACCCAAAUUACUCAGUAUUUGGCAGAAGCUGGUUACACGACCAGAGGGAAAAUAGGCUGCACCCAGCCCAGAAGAGUCGCUGCAAUGUCUGUUGCUAAGAGAGUGUCUGAAGAAUAUGGCUGUUGUUUAGGACAAGAGGUUGGAUACACUAUUCGAUUUGAGGAUUGUACAAGCCCCGAGACAGUCAUAAAGUACAUGACUGACGGUAUGCUCCUGAGAGAAUGCCUUAUAGACCCUGACCUGACACAGUAUGCCAUAAUCAUGUUGGAUGAGGCCCACGAGAGAACAAUUCAUACAGAUGUGCUUUUUGGUCUCCUUAAGAAGACUGUACAGAAGCGUCAAGAUAUGAAGCUCAUUGUGACCUCCGCAACACUGGAUGCAGUCAAAUUCUCCCAGUAUUUCUAUGAGGCUCCAAUUUUUACCAUUCCUGGUCGGACAUACCCUGUUGAGAUUCUUUAUACAAAGGAGCCAGAGACAGACUACCUGGAUGCCAGUCUCAUUACAGUCAUGCAGAUACAUUUGACAGAACCACCAGGAGAUAUUUUAGUAUUCCUUACAGGACAGGAGGAAAUUGAUACUGCCUGUGAAAUUCUCUAUGAAAGAAUGAAGUCUCUUGGACCUGAUGUGCCAGAGCUGAUUAUUCUACCUGUUUAUUCUGCAUUGCCCAGUGAAAUGCAGACAAGGAUAUUUGACCCAGCACCUCCUGGGAGCAGAAAGGUUGUGAUUGCUACCAACAUUGCAGAGACCUCCCUAACUAUUGACGGAAUAUAUUACGUGGUGGAUCCAGGUUUUGUGAAGCAGAAAGUUUACAACUCCAAGACAGGAAUUGAUCAACUUGUAGUAACUCCAAUUUCGCAGGCACAAGCUAAGCAGCGAGCUGGAAGAGCAGGAAGAACAGGACCUGGCAAGUGUUACCGGCUUUAUACUGAACGAGCCUAUCGGGACGAGAUGCUGACCACUAAUGUACCUGAGAUCCAAAGAACCAACUUAGCAAGUACAGUUCUAUCACUCAAGGCAAUGGGAAUCAAUGAUUUGCUCUCAUUUGAUUUUAUGGAUGCACCCCCAAUGGAGACACUGAUCACUGCAAUGGAGCAGCUGUACACCCUUGGUGCACUGGAUGAUGAAGGACUUCUUACACGCCUUGGCCGUAGAAUGGCAGAGUUUCCUCUGGAGCCUAUGCUGUGUAAGAUGUUGAUCAUGUCGGUCCAUCUUGGCUGUAGCGAGGAGAUGUUAACAAUUGUCUCCAUGCUUUCUGUUCAGAAUGUAUUCUACAGGCCCAAGGACAAACAGGCUCUCGCAGACCAGAAAAAAGCAAAGUUCCAUCAAACAGAGGGUGAUCACCUGACAUUACUCGCAGUUUAUAAUUCUUGGAAAAACAAUAAAUUUUCCAAUCCCUGGUGCUAUGAAAACUUCAUUCAGGCUCGUUCCCUACGCCGCGCUCAAGAUAUCCGGAAACAGAUGUUGGGCAUCAUGGACAGGCAUAAACUUGACGUAGUAUCUUGUGGAAAAGCCACUGUACGGGUACAGAAGGCAAUAUGCAGUGGGUUUUUCCGCAAUGCAGGAAAAAAGGACCCUCAGGAGGGAUAUCGGACUCUCAUAGACCAACAAGUUGUUUACAUUCACCCAUCCAGUGCCCUUUUCAACAGGCAGCCAGAAUGGGUUGUGUAUCACGAACUUGUCCUGACCACCAAGGAAUAUAUGCGAGAGGUGACCACAAUAGAUCCCCGAUGGCUUGUAGAAUUUGCCCCGGCUUUCUUUAAAGUUUCGGACCCAACCAAGCUUAGUAAGCAGAAGAAACAACAGCGAUUGGAACCUCUCUACAACAGAUAUGAGGAGCCCAACGCUUGGAGAAUUUCCAGGGCUUUCAGAAGAAGGUGAUCGGUCUCAGCAGAGAGACAGAUAUCUGAUUGUAUAUAUUAUAUCAUUAUACCGUUAUACCAGACUCAUGCAGAGAACAGGGAAGGGUUGAAUUUGUUGGUCUGAUAUAGUAUAACAUUUUUUUUCUUUGCCAGUGGAACAUUAUUGCAAUGUUGAACUUGUGCCUGACCCUUGUGAGCUGGUUAGGUUUUAAAUUUAUCAGAUGAUUCUGAUCCUUCAGGGAAGAAGAGUAGCCAUAUUUUCUGUAAUUUAAGUGUUUCAUCGGUAUAAACUGACUUCUUCAAUGUAACAUUAAACCUGAGGAAGCUGAUUUAUACCAAGAAAAGCAUUGGUUACUGGGGCCCAGCCUAUAGAAUGUGUGACUGCUCGUGUAUAUGGUUUCGUGUAAACUGUGUGUGGAUUUGGAAUCUGCUAAGACUGGCCGAGCAAUUUUAAGUUUUAAUAAAUCAUUUUUACACUAUUGGUAUGCACCCCUCUGUGUUUUUAUAUAAACCAUAAACAAGCCCCAAGCUGCAACUGUUCUUCAGACUGAUAUUGCUUAAGUAAGUGACUUUAUCAACUAAAAACACUCAUCUUGAAGUUGGCCAUUUGGUUAUAAAGGUUAUUCACCCAAAAAGGCAGUUUGCAAUUUGGCCCUUUACAGGGCGAUUGAUCAGUCAGUCUUUCAUCUGAGCUUAUUUCUCAUUCAGGUGCUUGGGAACAUUCUGUCUUCAUGUUACAAACAAUAAAAUCCCAAAAUAUUGUU